CAGGCCGCGGGGCCAGGGCGGGCCGGCCGGCGGGGCAUUUAAACCCCGCUGACAGCCAGUCCAGCCCGGGACACGCGCGCAGCUCCGUAGCCUCCUCCGUCGACUCAGCCUUAGGUACCGGUCAGGCAAAAUGCGGUCCUCCCUGGCUCCGGGAGUCUGGUUCUUCCGGGCCUUCUCCAGGGACAGCUGGUUCCGAGGCCUCAUCCUGCUGCUGACCUUCCUAAUUUACGCCUGCUAUCACAUGUCCAGGAAGCCUAUCAGUAUCGUCAAGAGCCGUCUGCACCAGAACUGCUCGGAGCAGAUCAAACCCAUCAAUGAUACUCACAGUCUCAAUGACACCAUGUGGUGCAGCUGGGCCCCAUUUGACAAGGACAACUAUAAGGAGUUACUAGGGGGCGUGGACAACGCCUUCCUCGUCGCCUAUGCCAUCGGCAUGUUCAUCAGUGGGGUUUUUGGGGAGCGGCUUCCACUCCGUUACUACCUCUCAGCUGGAAUGCUGCUCAGUGGCCUUUUCACCUCGCUCUUUGGCCUGGGAUAUUUCUGGAACAUCCACGAGCUCUGGUACUUUGUGGUCAUCCAGGUCUGUAAUGGACUCGUCCAGACCACAGGCUGGCCCUCUGUGGUGACCUGUGUUGGCAACUGGUUCGGGAAGGGGAAGCGGGGGUUCAUCAUGGGCAUCUGGAAUUCCCACACAUCUGUGGGCAACAUCCUGGGCUCCCUGAUCGCCGGCAUCUGGGUGAACGGGCAGUGGGGCCUGUCGUUCGUCGUGCCUGGCAUCAUUACUGCCAUCAUGGGCGUCAUCACCUUCCUCUUCCUCAUCGAACACCCAGAAGAUGUGGACUGCGCCCCUCCUCAGCACCACGGUGAGCCAGCUGAGAACCAGGACAACCCUGAGGACCCUGGGAACAGUCCCUGCUCUAUCAGGGAGAGCGGCCUUGAGACUGUGGCCAAAUGCUCCAAGGGGCCAUGCGAAGAGCCUGCUGCCAUCAGCUUCUUUGGGGCGCUCCGGAUCCCAGGCGUGGUCGAGUUCUCUCUGUGUCUGCUGUUUGCCAAGCUGGUCAGUUACACCUUCCUCUACUGGCUGCCCCUCUACAUUGCCAAUGUGGCUCACUUUAGUGCCAAGGAGGCUGGGGACCUGUCUACACUCUUCGAUGUUGGUGGCAUCAUAGGCGGCAUCGUGGCAGGGCUCGUCUCUGACUACACCAAUGGCAGGGCCACCACUUGCUGUGUGAUGCUCAUCUUGGCUGCCCCCAUGAUGUUCCUGUACAACUACAUUGGCCAGGACGGGAUUGCCAGCUCCAUAGUAAUGCUGAUCAUCUGCGGGGGCCUGGUCAAUGGCCCAUACGCGCUCAUCACCACUGCUGUCUCUGCUGACCUGGGGACUCACAAGAGCCUGAAGGGCAAUGCCAAAGCCCUGUCCACAGUCACGGCCAUCAUUGACGGCACCGGCUCCAUAGGUGCGGCUCUGGGGCCUCUGCUGGCUGGGCUCAUCUCCCCCACGGGCUGGAACAAUGUCUUCUACAUGCUCAUCUCUGCCGAUGUCCUAGCCUGCGUGCUCCUUUGCCGGUUAGUAUACAAAGAAAUCUUGGCCUGGAAGGUGUCCCUGAGCAGAGGCAGCGGCUCUAGUAUGGUCCUAACCCACCAGUGAUAGUAUUUUCCUCAAGUCCCAUGACUUUUAUAUAAAGAAAUAUGAGGACCCAAUUGGAACAGCAGCAUGGAGGGUCCCAGUUGGGUCCCCAACGUGCUCCCCAUGGGCAAGACAAUGGAAACUUCCACAAGUAGGGGAGGCAAACCCUCUUUAUUGAACAUUAGCCAGCCCAGCCCAGACCCAGGGCUGCCUAAGGGCACAGAGAUUCUCCAUGGGAAGGGGACUGCCAAGCAUGAGGAAAUAGAAGAUUCAGGGGCCUGAGCUCUGGAAGCUGCAAGCAAAAGGGAUGGGACUAGGGCUGAGUUGUGUCUCCAUUUUGAUAAGGGAAGGAUAUGCUCAGAUUCUUGCUUGUUCAGAUUCCAAGACAGAAGGCUUCACAAGGCCAAGGCCUGGAAAAUGUGCAUCUCUCCUUCCCAUGUUAAAUUUUAACCUCUGUAAUCUGCCUGUAUCUAUAGGUGGGCAUCUCACUCCAUCAAAGGAGCCCAGCCUCUCUUUGUGCCUCUAUCCAUGAAACAGUCUUCUCUGUGCAUUUCCCCAAGCUGGGCCCUCUUCUACCCUCCAUUUAGGCCUGUUGAUAACUCCAUUACCCGCCCAUCACUGCUGUUCCUCCAGGGCCAGCACUCGGGCGAGGCAGGGGAGCUGCCUUCGGUACAUAAUUUGAAGGGGCACUCCCUCUUGGGCACAUGCCGGCCCUGAGUGCCUCCCUUGCCUCACUCUGAUCCCGGCCCCAUAAUGUCCUCAGUGGAAGGUGACUGGGGGCCGGUGCUGUGAGGAGAGUAGAAAGAGGGGUUGGCAUGACUAAAAAUACCAGUAUGUGUAUUAAGUAUUUUGAGAAUGAAAUGCCAAGGAGUGCCUACUGUAUGCCAGCUCUGCUCUAGGAAUGGAGUAGACAGUGGACAUAAGAAGGACUUAUGCCCUGAGCACAGGUGCCAACGGUGACAAGACUGGCAAGACGUGAGGGCAUGAAUGGUUCAUUCAGGCAGCUGCUGCAGGUGUGGUCACCUGGUGCCAUCUGCUGCUCCCUUUUCCACUUUUCUAUGUCCUCCUUCCACCCCAAGUCCCGGAUCACUCGCUGUCUUCUGGCUAGAUCUUGGCAUCUCCAUCUGAGCCUAAAGUUGCCCACUGGCACCAAUAGAUUCUGUUUGACCUGCUGUGCCCAUGCUCAUCUUUGUCAGGUCUUGGCUUGGCAGUGAGCGAGGCUGGCAUGGGGUGCUGAAGUGGGGUCCCAGUGAGAGGUGACAGCGUGCUGGCAGUCCUCACAGCCCUCGCUCGCUCUCGGCGCCUCCUCUGCCUGGGCUCCCACUUUGGCGGCACUUGAGGAGCUGUUCAGCCCACCGCUGCACUGUGGGGAGCCCCUUUCUGGGCUGGCCAAGGCCAGAGCAGGCUCCCUCAGCUUGCAGGGAGGUGUGGAGGGAGAGGCGCGAGCGGGAACCGGGGCUGCGUGCAGCGCUUGCGGGCCAGCUGGAGUUCCGGGUGGGCAUGGGCUUGGUGGGCCCCGCACUCGGAGCAGCCGGCCGGCCCUUCCAGCCCCGGGCAGUGAGGGACUUGGCACCCGGGCCAGCGGCUGCAGAGGGUGUACUGGGUCCCCCAGCAGUGCUGGCCCACCUGCACUGUGCUCGAUUUCUCGCCGGGCCUUAGCUGCCUUCCCGCGGGGCAGGGCUCGGGACCUGCAGCCCGCCAUGCCUGAGCCUCCCACCCCCUCCAUGGGCUCCUGUGGGGCCCGAGCCUCCCCGACGAUUACCACCCCCUGCUCCACGGCGCCCAGUCCCAUCGACCACCCAAGGGCUGAGGAGUGCGAGCGCACGGCGCGGGACUGGCAGGCAGCUCCACCUGCAGCCCCAGUGCGGGAUCCACUAGGUGAAGCCAGCUGGGCUCCUGAGUCUGGUGGGGACGUGGAGAGUCCUUAUGUCUUGCUCAGGGAUUGUAAACACACCAAUCAGCACCCUAUGUCUAGCUCAGGGUUUGUAAGUGCACCAAUCGACACUCUGUAUCUAGCUGCUCUGGUGGGGCCUUGGAGAACCUUUAUGUCUAGCUCAGGGAUUGUAAAUACACCCAUCGGCACUCUCUAUCUAGCUCAAGGUUUAUAAACACACCAAUCAGCACCCUGUGUUUAGCUCAAGGUUUAUGAGUGCACCAAUCAACACUCUGUAUCUAGCUGCUCUGGUGGGGCCUUGGAGAACCUGUGUGUGGAAACUCUGUAUCUAACUAAUCUGAUGGGGACGUGGAGAACCUUUGUAUCUAGCUCAGGGAUUGUAAACGCACCAAUCAACGCCCUGUCAAAACAGGCCACUCGGCUCUACCAAUCAGCAGGAUGUGGGUGGGGCCAGAUAAGAGAAUAAAAGCAGGCUGCCCAAGCCAGCAUUGGCAACUCGCUCGGGUCCCCUUCCACACUGUGGGAGCUUUGUUCUUUUGCUCUUCGCAAUAAAUCUUGCUACUGCUCACUCUUUGGGUCCACGCUGCUUUUAUGAGCUGUAACAUUCACCGCGAAGAUCUGCAGCUUCACUCCUGAGCCCAGCGAGAUCACGAGCCCACCAGGAAGAACGAACAACUCCAGACGCGCUGCUUUAAGAGCCAUAACACUCACCGCGAAGGUCUGCAGCUUCACUCCUGAGCCAGCAAGACCACGAACCCACCAGAAGGAAGAAACUCCGAACACAUCCGAACAUCAGAAGGAACAAACUCCAGACGCGCCACCUUAAGAGCUGUAACACUCACCGCGAGGGUCCGCGGCUUCAUUCUUGAAGUCAGUGAGACCAAGAACCCAGCAAUUCCGGACACACCAGGACCACCAAGUGGGUAGGUUAAAGCUGAUGACAGUGGGCACUCUUGAAGGGGAUGCUCAUGAUAUUGAUGAUGUGUGGGCAAACGGGGAGCUUAGAGCUCCACGCAAGAUAAAAGCCUUGCAUUUCCUGGGACGUUGUGGGCUGGUGCGUUAGCCGGAUACACACCCUUCCACACUGAAGCAGUCUGCACAGCGCCAAUGGCAACAAACAAGGAAGGCUCCUCCUGCCUGCAGUCACUUCAGCUCUGAGCGCAGGAGUCAGCUAGGGACCUCCAAGUCCUCAGCCCACAGGGGCAAGAGCUAUACUCUGGCCUUAUGUUCAGCAUUCAGGAAAGCUGCUCUCUGCUGCUCUUUGACAUUGAGAAUGAAAUGAAAUUAGUGAUUCAUUUAACUUCACAUUUGGUCUCAAUUAAGCUCAAAAUGUUCUUCCUUAGAGAUGCUCCAAUAGCACUUGUAAUUAAGGAGUUUAAGGAGAAGCUGUGUUGCUUAUAUGAGCCACUAGAUGGUGACCCAAUCCCAUCAUACAGCCCAGGGUGGGCUGUGGUUCCAUCCUGCUUCCCGGAAGAGAGACAGGAGCAGAGGCCUCUUGACUUUUCAGACUUUCAGCUUGCUUUCUGCUUCAGAGGGCAGGGGAAGAGGAAUGGGUCUCUCGAGGUCUUCUCUUCCCCAGCUGCACUGCUUACUAACUUUAAGCCUGUUUCAUCAUCAGGAAAAUGGUGACAUUAUCUACCUCAUAGGAUUGGUAUGAAGGGAGACACAUACUCAACACACUCCUGCCCUUGAAGAACUUGUCUAGUUAGGGGAUAAAUAGGAAAACACACGGAGACAGUGACUCCAGGUGAGAGCUAUGCUGUUCAUUAGUCCAGCCAUGCAGGAACACGGCUGGCAGAAGGGCGAUUCCAGGAGCAAUGGGAAGAGUCCUUCUUCCUUAUGAAGGCAGAAUUCUGAGGACUUGGAUGACUCAUUUGAUAAGGUAGUGAGGGGUAAUGGAAGAGGGAGGAAGUUAACAUGACUACUUAUCCAACUCCUAGGAUGUUAGGCCUUAGAGACUGAAACUGAACAAAUGGCAUUGGCUCCUACCAGCAGGUAAGUGUGGCACUAGACACAUGCAAAAGGCAUUGUGCGAGCUCAGGGUCUGGCCUCAGAAAUGAGGACUUAGGCUGUGGGCAGGGAGUUGGAAAAAAUACUGAAGGUUGGGAGAACCCCAGCACUGAGAUCUGCCUGUCUGCACCCAUCUCCCAGGUCCCAGGUUACUGGCCCUGUUUGGGCAGCUCUGGGCACAGCCUGUUCACCAGAGGCCUGGUACCUGCCUUCUCCCUGGGCCUCAGCACUCACUCACACGGGGCUAAUGUAGGAGCAUUACGUUAAUUAGUUAUUCAUUUAAUUUAACUUCACAUUUGGUCUCAAUUAAGCUUAAAAUGUUCUUCCUUAUAGAUGCUACAAUAGCACUUGUAAUUAAAAAGCAGUAACUCUUUGUGUUUCUCCCUUAGAGAUCCACUGGGAGGCUGGGUGAGUGUGUGUGGGGAGGUUGGGGGAGGAGGAGGAGGAGGCAAGAGGCAAAGAAAAGAAAGGGAAAGAAGCUCUUGGUCGGUCCUAGCACCAUGAGGCCACCACUAAGACUGAGGCUGGCAGGAGGAACUCAACACAUCCUGGGUGUCUGAGUGGGGGUGGGAGAGUUGCUGUUGGGAAUCCUGAGAAGUGACAAAGGAGCAGACCUCCUACUGAAAGGUGUGGGGGUAGGGAGGAUGGCAGAUGGGGGUGGAAGGAGGCAAUGCUUAGGGGAGAAGGGGCCCUAUAUUCUGUGAUAGGUACAAUGUGCCCCCAUAAGAUGUCCACAUCCUAAUUUUCAGAACCAGUGAGUGUUACCUUACAUGGCAAAUGAGAUUUUGUAUAUGUGAUUAAGGAUCUUGAGAUGGAAAGACUGAUGGGGUGGACCCAGUGGAAUCACAGGGCUCCGGAUGAAUCACAGAGGGAGGCAGGAGUGUUGGGGAUUGGCAGAUGCUGCUCUGCUGACCUUGAAGACUGAGGAAGGGUCCACCAGCCAGGGGGAUGGGGGUGGCCUCUAGAAGGUAGAAAAGGCAAGGAAAUGGGUUCUCUCGAGGCUCCAAAGCCUUUCCUUUACCCCCUGAAACCCAUUUCUGGUUUCUGACCUCCGGAGCGAUAAAUGUGAAUUGUUCAAAACCAGUAAGUCUAUGGCAAUCUGUUACAACAGUAAUAGGAAAUUGAUAAUAUUCCCAGUGUAAAACUGGGGUAUGACCAAUUUAACGGCAGGAAAAUAACCACAGGCAAACAAAAGAAAUCUCCAAAGCUUAAAACAAGUGAAGGGGCUGGCCUCAUAGCAUUUAGGCACAGCAUAAGGGCUACUGUGUGACCACCUCACCCGAGUUCUCCGAGGGCAGGACUUGGACCAAAUGCACAGACUAUAUCAUCUCUGGCAUGAUGUGAUGUAAACCAUUAAAAACACACUUUCUCAUUCUGUCUGUGGCACUGAGCCUGAUUUUGAUCCCAGCUCUCAUUUCUUUGGUGGCAGGAAACUGAGAAAAGAGGGUGGGGGGGUAGGGACUCAGAAUUUUUUUUUUUUUUUUUUUAUAAACAGUCAUCACCAAUAAUCUGCUAGGGACAGAGAUCAAGUAGAAAACAAAACAAAAAUUCCUGGUGUGUGGCUUUGAUUCUGCCAUUGGCACCUCUGAAAACUGGCCCAAGUCUCAACAUUCCAGCUGGAUGGUGCUUACAAGAGAGGUGGCAGUGUUCUCGAAACUUGAAAACAUAGUCUACUAGCAGCUCAGCUGUUUAGUAUCUCCGAGCAAGGGGACAACCAAAGUCUAACAGCAGAGACCUGCCAGAAACACUGGGCUAACGGGUGAAGCUAUCUCUGAGGCCUGCGUGCCUGUUCACGCUUUUCCCCAGACUCCUGCUCAAUUCCUAAGAUUCUGGUUUUUCCACCAGACUCAGCUACUUUUCCUUGGUAUUUCUGUCAAGUGGAUUUGCACUGCCUGCCCUUGUCCCUCCUUUUCCUUCGAGUUUAUCUUAUGGAGCAACGCUCUAUAACAGACAGUAGUCAGGCUCUUAGACUCUAGAGCCAAACUGCCUGACUUUGGAUCCUGACUCCUGUUUACGCCUACCAGCCCGUGCCUGUUCCCCAUCUGUGAAAUGGGGAUAUUAAGAGUACCUACUUCAUACAGCCGAUAUGAGGAAGACAUAAUACUUACAACACACUUAGAAAAAUGCCUAGCACAUGUUUGCUAAAUGUAACAAAAAUUGUUAUUUUGACAUGUGGAACCCUAGACUUAUUUCCAAGUAUUGGGAUGGAACUAGAGAUUAAAGGUUGAACUUUAUGAACUAUAAAAUCUCUUCCAAUCCUGAGUUCUUAUGCUCCUAUGAGGAUAAUCAACACUUUUCUAGAUUCGUUUCCAUACGGUUCUGAUUCUCACAUCUGGAAAUUCAUUUCUAUGUAACAGCCAGAUACUUAAAGGUUUAAGCAAAGGAAUUAUGAUUGAAUGUUUGUUAUUCGUACUAAAAUGAUCAUUAGAAUCCUUUAAUGAAACUUUUACCUUUUUGGAUAUGUGUUAGGAAAAUGUCAGGUACAAAUAGCUAAGAAACAGUAUUAACCAAUGUAAAAAUAAGGAGUUACUUGAAAGUCAAAAGUGAUCUUUCAACUAUUUGAGAAAUGAGAUGUCAGGAAUCCUGAUGUCAAGUUGGAGCCCCACUUCUAAUUAACUGUGAAACUUUUUAAAUCCCUUGUCCUCUCUGCCUGUUUCUCAUCUGUGAAAUAAUCACAGCAGGUUUCUUUACACAUUGAGCAAAAAAUAAACCAGAAACACUUCAACUGCAACAACCAUGAAAUAGAGUUGAUACUAAAGUUUCUGUUAAAUAACAGAACAAAAAAUGGAUUGCUUUAUGUUAGAAUAAAAACAUUUAAAAAUAAAUUGGAUGCCCUCCUUCCAGGAAGGAGUGAGGAAGACAGUCUAGACACCUUACAGCCUAGUUCUUUGAUGGGCUUACUCCACCAGGACUAGUGCUUUACACCCUACGGGCACACAAUAUAUGCUGAAUAAAUGGCAGGAUUCAAGAAUGAAUGGCUAUGUACUCCCUAGUCCCUGGACAUUGGUAUGGUAAUUCUGAUGCAGUUUUACAUUAAAUUUACAUUGUACACAAAGAAUGGUAGCUUUACUUCCAUUUUUAUAAGUGAAAAAUUUAAGGAACUUAUCAACAAAUUACCCAUUGUGAUCUCCAUUGUGGGGAUAGGGUGGUAUCCUGCUAAUUCAGCUUUUGUCAGGAUACAAUUUUAAGACGCUAAGAAAUAACCUAUUUUCUUAUAUAGAAACCCAGAUUUACUCUCCCUCUCCACCUUCUAAACAGUGGGGAUCACCAGUCUUCCACAGGAUCCCCUCUGGGUAGGGAACAGUAUAGGAGGGAACAUGUUCUAAGGCCACUGAUCACAGAAUGGUUCUGAACACUAAGAUGACUUCUGUCUGUAUUUAAGGAAUGACCUCUGAGCCCUGUCUCCAAGAAGGCCAUGAGCAUACAGGGUACCAUAACAGACAUUGACUAUAGGGUUAUCCCAUGCCAAACUCUCAGUGAAAUUCAUUUUGAGCCCUCUCAGCCUUCUACGUCUUAUCCCAACCCCGCGGGGCUUUUUUUGCAUAACUGCAUUGAGUAUGCAGGUAGAAAGAAAUCUAUCAUUCAUUUCACCACAGCUGGUAAUUAUAGACUCCAGGUCUGUAGACUGUAGGUCAAGUCAAGCUGAAAUAAACUUUGCACAGGGUAUUUUUUUUUUUUCCUAAAGCCAAUCUUUAACAUCUAAGCCUUUCAUUUACAUCAGGCAAAAAAACAAAAAUUAGAAAACAGUAGUAUUAAGGAUAGAAUUUAGUUUCCAACCUUAAUACACUUUCUUCCAUCUAAAUAGUCACCCAAAACCUCAUAGUUAUUAUCCAUUGAUCUAAUAGUUGAAUAACUUUUGGGGGGAAUAAAAAAGAUGGAAUCAUGGUCAGGAACCUGUAAGAGUUUUCCCAGAGUUACUUCUUUAGCAAGGCUCUCAGAAGAAGGUAACAAUUGGCAGCUUGUGCUUGUUAGGAGCCAAGCUUCCACUUGGGCUGCAGGGAGACUCACAGAGUAGCGCAAUAGCAUGAGGCCCCCAGCUUGUCUCAAUUCCCUCAAGACUUAUGCAUUCUUUUUUCUCUCCCUCAAUCUGCUGAGAGGAUGUUUCUUCUUUUCUUACCUGUGUGCCCUAGGCCAGAUUAGGAAACUAUUUCCUUUGAAGUUUUCUGUACAAAGCCUUAUCUGCAAAGUUUUUCCAAACUAAGUAAGAUAAAGGAAAUGGUUCAAUGUAGGGAUAACUAUACCUGGCCCUCACCAGCCCAUGACUCUCAAUGGUUACCUGUUCUCUCUUCUUGGAAUUUAGAGCUUAGUUGCCUGUGGGGUGGCAGGACUGGGUACCUUCUCUACCCUGAAAACAGAAUUGAGGAGAGAAAGUGAAGGAACAGUGUGGCCUUAACCUACCUGAAGCUCUCAAUCAGAGUUCCACAAAGCCUAGUGUGUUUUCUCUCUGAGACAAGCCCUGGGGCCUACCACACCUGGGUUUGCACACUGGCUGUUAGGUGAAGGUUGGGCAAGUCAGCUGAUCUCUUUAAGCUUCCAUUUUUUCUACUUUAAAGUGGGGAUGAUAAAAAUGAGACCGUUGUAAAAAUUAAAUAAAUUAAACCUCAAAGGAAUUAGUGUGCUACUGGCAUAGAGCACGUACUCCAUCAGUGAUCUCUUUCCAACUUGUUUUCUUGGUUCUUAAUUUUAAGCCAGAAGAUUCUUUUUCAAAUGGCUCUAGGGAGUCAGGAUCAGACUUCCAAAGUGGAACCUGACCAGAGCCCCUCCAUUUAAUGCAAAUUUCAUUUGGUCUGGGAGAUCAGACAGGUAUAGAGUUAUAUCUGAUGUUGAGCAUAUACCUUCCUCACUAGCUUUGGAGAAAGGGCUACAAAGAUGAAAAGUGAAGACACCCCAAAAUGGACUCAUGGUAAUUAAAUAAGGCACACACAGCCCACCACAUCAUGGAAGAAAAAAACCUGCAGAUACAUGGCAAGACAAAAAACAAAAAACAAUAUUUCCAUACCUUUCCUCUAAUCCCAAGGAAACCUAAAGAACUUGAUUAAAAAGCCGUGGCCAAGAGUUCGAAGUGAAAGUCAGCCCUUUAGCUAUUAUUUAUUGCUUUAUUAGAGCAGAGGGAAGUGACACUCAUUGCCUUCACAGAGCUCUGCAGAAAUAUAUGCACAGAGUGGUCAAUGACCAACAUCUGAGUAAGUCUUCCAAAUUAUCACAUUAAAAUAACCUUUCAAAUUUGAGUGCCUCGCCUUUGCAAAGGAAUGCAACCUCAUAAUGAAGAAUUUUAUAUAUUAUCAAAAAGAACCAGAAGCCCAUGUGCUUUUUUCCCCAAAAUCCACUUACUAAGGACUUGAGUGAAAAUCCACUCUAAGCAGAUCACUGUUACUAUUUCCCUUUCAAAACAGUUGGAAAUCCUAAGGUACGGGUACUAAGAAGAUAGCAAUAUCCUUCUUAAGCUGGUAAGAAUCUAGCCCCACAGGGACAAUUUGGCAAUCCUGUUUCUGGAAGCCAGGACUCAAGAGAUUUGUCUUAGUGAUGGACGGAUACCCCUCUAACCUUAAGGCAUGAGGGCUGUCAAAACAAGGCUCUGAAUAGUGCCUUCCUGCUCAUCAAUGUCAUCACAAUGAAGGAGAGAACAGGUUUUCGUUUUCCUGAAGAGUGGUCAGUAGGAGUGCAGUGGUUUGGCGUAGAUCGGCUCCAGAACAUAAUGGAUUAAAACCAAGAAGAGGCCUCCAAGGAAGAUGGCACUAAGGAAAGCCAGCAGGACAUA